ACUCCGGCCCCGUCCCCGUCACCAAGGCCCCGACACCAAGGCCCUCACCCUCACCAUGGCCGUCCGCGCCUCCUUCGAGAACAACAACGAGAUCGGCUGCUUCGCCAAACUGACCAACGCUUAUUGCCUGGUGGCGAUCGGCGGCUCCGAGAACUUCUACAGUGUCUUUGAAGGGGAAUUAUCAGAAACUAUUCCGGUGGUGCAUGCUUCCAUCGCGGGAUGCCGGAUCAUCGGGAGGAUGUGUGUUGGUAACCGGCAUGGGCUGCUGGUGCCCAACAAUACAACUGACCAGGAGCUGCAACACCUGCGCAACUGUCUGCCCGAUGCUGUGGCCAUCCAGCGAGUGGAGGAGCGCCUGUCCGCACUGGGCAACGUCAUCGCCUGCAACGACUACGUGGCCCUGGUGCACCCCGACCUCGACAGGGAGACGGAGGAGAUUGUGUCGGACGUGCUGAAGGUGGAGGUGUUCCGGCAGACGGUGGCCCAGCAGGUGCUGGUGGGCAGUUACUGCUGCUUCAGUAACCAGGGCGGCCUGCUCCACCCCCAAACCCCCACCCACGACCAGGACGAGCUCUCCUCCCUGUUGCAGGUGCCCCUCGUGGCGGGCACGGUGAACCGUGGCAGUGAGGUGAUCGGGGGGGGGCUGGUGGUGAACGACUGGUGUGCCUUCUGUGGCCUGGACACCACUAGUACGGAGCUGUCCGUCAUCGAGAGCAUCUUCCGGCUCAACGAAGCGCAGCCCAGCGCCAUCGCCACCACCAUGAGGGACUCACUCAUCGACAGCCUGACAUAGGACGCUGACCCACUGGCUGGGCUGUGCCGGGACUGGCAGCCGACCGACAGUGCCACCGUCGUUGUUCACCUCCCGUUUACCACGAACAAAGUCUGAAUGUAAAAUAUAACAUUGCUGAAUGGUCAGUGUCGAUUAAACAAAUAAUUUGCUAUUUACUAUAAAAAGAUAAA